GGGCGGGCGCGCGCAGUGCUAGCCUCCUCAGCUACCACAAUGGCCGACUUGGACCGCUAAAGCAAAGGGCGGUGGACGGUGCUGAAAAUCCACCAACAUCGCCCUAAUCAUUGGCCUUGUUUUCCUUUAAGAGCUGCUAAAAUAAACUGGAAUGAAUUCUGCACACGAAUAUAUGAUUAUUUCCGAUAAAUAUCCAAAACUUGACGGCGAUUACAGAGCCUAUUAAAAAGAGCCAGAGAGAACAUGUAAACAGAAACCAGCCGGCUUUCAAGUUUUGGCAGCUUCAGUUUGUGACAAAAAAGAAAUGACAAGAGUCCCGUUCAUGAUGGAUUUAAUCUCUGAUUAAAGAAAAAAAAGAUCGUUUCGUCCAAAAAAGCAAAGCCUGGUGCUCGUCAGAAAAGGAGAGACUUUUCAUCUUUUUGUUUUUGAGAGAGGAGCUCGCUAGCCUGGCUAGCCUAGCCGCACGGCUGAGGAGAAAAACGUGACGGCAGAGGAACGCAUGCGGCUCUACUCGGCCGGGGAUGAGCUGUGGAUAAAGCGCCUAGCUCCGUGUGUGGGAGAGAGAGAAGAAGGAGGAGGGCCGUGGCUGGGGUAAGGUGAGUUAUGCCUGGAUCAGACCGCCACCAUGGGACCAAGAGGAAAUCGGACGCGGAGCUCCAGCCCUCAGCCGCCGGCUUGACGAGCAAGGACGCCCGGCAGCAGGCGAAACCUGCCGGCUCGUCGUCGUCAGCCUCGUCGGCGAAGCACAAGCGCCACAAGCCGUCCAAACACGGCCGGGAUUCGGCUCCGGAGGCCCUGGCCGCCUCGGUCCCCAGCGCCCUGGCUAUCAAGCCUCUAGUGGAGUACGACGACAUCAGCUCGGACUCGGACACUUUCUUCGACCCACCGGCCGCGGCCUCCAGACCGGGCGACAGGAGAGAUGGGGACCGGCCGGAGGUGGACGAUGAUGAUGAUGAUGGUGGUGGUGGUGGUGGAGGAGGGGCCGGAGGAGCCAGAGACGCCCGUAAACACAGGCGCUCCAGGAAGAAAUCCAAAGACCCACACAGGGUGAGGGAGUCAGGGGAGGAGGGGGAGGCGGCUAGCAAGAAGAAGAGCAGCAGGGACCGAGAAAGAGGAGGCAGGGAGGCCAGAACCAAGAGCAAAGAUAAGGACAAGCUUUCCUCAGCAGUGGGCCUUUCCUCCUCGUCUGCCACCCUGAGGCCCGAUUCGGGCGACACGGGUGGUGGCAAGCGGGCGGGCGGUGACCCCUUGACCUCCGCCGUGGCCCAGACGGCCAGUCUGGGCAGCAGCACCUCUUCUUCGGGCUCGUCGUCCCGCAGCAAAGAAAGCGGGCGCACCUCAUCCUCCAAAUCUCACAAAGACAAGCAGAGGCGAGAGGGCAGCCGCUCCGAGCAUUCGGACAGGGGUCACCGCAAGGCCUCCAAGAGCCGCAGGUCCAGCCCCAAAGGGAAGGGCCGCAGCCCCAGCCCCCGGCGCGGGACAGGAGGUGGUGCCCCCUCCCCGGCGGACCUGGAGGACGGUUACUCGUCCCGGCGCAGGGCAGCCAGCCCCAGUCCUUACAGGGAAACGUCCCGGCGCAGUAGGCAGAGGUCAGACAGCCCCUAUGGCCGGCGAAGGUCCUCCAGCUAUGAGAGGGAUGGAAGUCCCUAUGGCAACCGGCGCUCGUCCAGCACCAGUCCGGUGUCCAGGCGUUCCAUACGAUCCCGCAGUCGCUCUCCUCUCUACCUGUCCUCUCGCCGGUCCACCUCUCACUCACGGAGUAAGAAACACUCGUUAUCGAGCGGAGUCGGCGGAGGUUCCUCCCACAGCAUCCGACCCACCAGCCGCUCCCCAUCCUCAUCACGCCUGCCAAUCACGUCGAGCCUGGGGGCGGAACUUACACGCAGGAAGAAGGAGCGGCAGGCGGCCGCAGCCCGCAACUCGGCAGCAUCUCAGCAAACCAACGCGGCACCUUCCUCGCAGCCACCUGAGCCGCAGGCGGAGCCGGAGAAAGCCCCGCCCCCUGAGCCCCAAAGACUGCCCGCUAAUGCUCAGAGCACGGCUUCAGCGGAGGAAACAAACGUAGCCCCACCCCCUCUCCCCAUCCCCUCACCACCUCCUCCACUGCCUCUUUCUUCUCCUCCUCCUCUGCCUCUCAAUUCACCUCCUCCUCCUCUCCCUCUCUCCUCUCCCCCGCCUCUCCCUCUCUCUUCUCCUCCGCCUCUCCCUCUUUCCUCUCCUCUUCCUCCUUCCUCUGCUUCAGCACCUCAGGUACCCUCCACCUCCGAUAACAGCCCCGCCCACAGAAACACACAGAGUUCAGCAGCACAGCCAAUCAAAACCUCCACGCUGCCCCCCCUCCCUCUGCCACCUGCACUGCUGGGAGACUGCCAGGACAGUCCGAAGAAGACGGCGUCCAGUCACAGGUCCUCGAGGAAAGAACGGGAGAAGGAUAAAGAAAAGGAAAAGAAGAAAGAGAAGGAAGUUAGGACACGCCUACUCAGCGACUUGCCCCUCCCACCUUUACUUCCUGGAGGAGAUCCCUCCCCUCCUCUUUCGCCGGUUCAGGAGGCUCCGCCCCCCGUGCAGUCCACCUAUAAGAAGAGACCAAAGUUCUGCUCUCCACGCUUUGGCGAGAGGAGACAGACGCAGAUCGACUGGGGGAAGCGCUGUGUGGACAAAUUCGACAUCAUCGGCAUCAUCGGGGAAGGAACCUACGGCCAGGUGUACAAAGCCAAGGACAAAGACACAGGUGAGUUGGUGGCGUUGAAGAAGGUGCGGCUGGAUAACGAGAAGGAGGGCUUCCCCAUCACAGCCAUCAGAGAAAUAAAGAUCCUCAGACAGCUCAACCAUCGCAGCGUCGUCAACAUGAAGGAGAUAGUCACCGACAAGCAGGACGCGCUCGACUUCAAGAAGGACAAAGGUGCUUUUUACCUGGUGUUUGAAUACAUGGACCAUGACCUGAUGGGCCUGCUGGAGUCUGGACUGGUGUCGUUCUCCCAGGACCAUGUGCAGAGCUUCAUGCGGCAGCUGAUGGAAGGCCUGGACUAUUGCCACAAGAAGAACUUCCUGCACAGAGACAUCAAAUGCUCCAAUAUUCUGCUGAAUAACAGUGGCCAGAUAAAGCUGGCUGACUUCGGUUUGGCACGCCUCUAUAAUUCAGAGGAAAGUCGGCCAUACACCAACAAGGUGAUCACGCUGUGGUACCGCCCGCCGGAGCUGCUGCUGGGGGAGGAGAGAUACUCGCCCGCCAUCGACGUCUGGAGCUGCGGGUGCAUUCUGGGUGAGCUGUUCACAAAGAAACCCAUUUUCCAGGCCAACCAGGAGCUGCUGCAGCUCGAGCUCAUCAGCCGAUUGUGCGGCAGCCCCUGUCCUGCGGCCUGGCCUGACGUCAUUAAACUUCCCUACUUCAACACAAUGAAGCCCAAGAAGCAGUACAGACGCAGAAUACGAGAGGAAUUCUCAUUCCUGCCCUCCUCAGCACUCGACCUGCUGGACCGGAUGCUGACCCUCGACCCCUCUCGGAGAUGCACGGCUGAGCAGGCGCUCGCGAGCCAGUUCCUGUGUGAUGUGGAUCCCAGCAAGAUGUCGCCCCCAGAUUUGCCUCACUGGCAGGACUGUCACGAGUUGUGGAGUAAGAAGCGUCGGCGACAGAGGCAGAGUGGGGUGUCCGAGGACGUGCCUAUUUCCAAAGUGCCCCAGAAGGACUCUGGAGGACCACCCAGCAAAGAGAACUGCCACCCUCCGACCAGCCCACCCCCACCGCCCCCUUCGGCUCACCCAGCCUCCAUCUCCACUACAGAGCUCGCGGGUCUGGGAGCGGCGGCUGAGCAGUUGAAUCAGACCGAGAUGGCGGUGCUGCUGAACCUCCUGCAGGGUCAGACGGACCGUCUCUCUCUUCCGCAGAUGGCCGAGCAGCUCCUCAGCUCCUGCUCCGAGGGCUCCUCCACUUCCCUCCCCUCAGCGGCCCCGGCCGUCUCCACGCCUGAUCCGGAGUCGGCACAGCAGCUGGAGUUGCUCAGCCACACGCUGUCCACUCUCCUACAGGGCUCGUCUAACCCCCCGCCUGCCGAGCCCACCCAGGACGACCCCACCGCUCUAUUCUCGCUUUUACUGAGCCAGAUCAUUAAAGCCCCGCCUUCGGGGGCGGGGCAAGCAGACGAAAGCAACGGCGUCCAAUCAGACGAGGCAGUGACACGAGACAGCUCCGCCUCUAUUUCCGGCAGCGAUGGCAAGGAUGCGACGUUACCAAACGAGAAGGUCCCGAACACCACGCUGACCCCUGACCUCCCGGCCUCGGCCUCAGCCUCCGCCUCUGCCUCCGCUGCCUCGUCACGCUCUGAGGACAUCGGCACGGACGUGGCGGCCGCGCUGCUCCAGCUCAUUUCCCAGCAUGCCUCUGACGGCAAAGCCUCCUCGGCCGACCUGCAGCCUUGCUCCUCCUCCUCCUCUUCCUCUCCUCCGCCUCCGUCACUCAGCCAGCCGGAGCCACAGGCUAGUGCUCAGUACCCACGCGACCAGGACCUCCGCUUUGCCCGGGACUCCUGCCGGGGGGCCGCGCAAGACCGCCGCUCAGCGGCCGAGUCGUAAAGCUCCGAGCCACUGUCAGCGUCUGUUUCGCUGCUGAAGCACUUUGACGGACGGUGACGCGAUUUUAUCCGUCGUAGCAAAACCUCGUCCCUGCGUUCAGCGCUUCUCCGCACACGAACGCCUCGCAGAACGAAACGAGCAACUCCUUACUAAAACCCCUUCAAAUGAACUCUCACUGAAAGUUUUCCUCCUGGACAGUCAGCAUUUCAGAGAGGUUCUGCUACGACGGCGACGAGUUCGGAUAAUCCGGUUCUGGAUCCGCUUCACUUUUAUUUCUUCGUGUAAACGCAGAGGGCAAAACGAACGGUUAUGGCUUUUAGACUGUAGAGAGAAGUUCGGUCAAGAAGUUCGGUGCUAAUGCUGCUAACAGUGAAUGGAAGUCAGUAGAUGCGAGUUAGCAUCGUGCUAACUGGUGACCGCUGCUUGCAUUCGUCGUUAGCCAUGUUAGCAUUCUUGCUCACGCUGUUCCUUUAGUUUUUUCAGAUGUCUCCCGAUGCUCGCUCGCCCUCUCCAUCUCUCUCUCUCUCUCUCUCUCUCUCUCUCUCUCUCAGCCAUAUUAAAUAAUGCUGAUGUCAUGGAUGCUGCGCCUGCGCACGUUGGCCCCUCGGAGACGGCCAGUCGGCCCCUCGGAGACGGCCGGUCGGCCCGUCAGACUAAAACUCUAAGCUCUGUAACCUGCAGACAGUCGCCGCCAGCGUCCCGCUGAGCCCGACCUGAACUGAUAUCGUGGUGUCGCUCACCUGCAUCUCUAAAGGAAUCAUGGGAAGAUUUAGUGAAGAGGUGGUCAGUUUUGAUUUGUUGUAUCCAUAUGAAGUGAUCUUUUUGUAAAUAAUGUUUUUGUUUUUUUUUUUUUUCCCUUUUUCAGAUUAUUAAAAGAAGCUGAGUUCAACCUUA